AUGUAUAAAUUAUAACCUUUCAUAUUAAAUCUUGUGAAUCCUUUUGGAACAAAUCAUAGUGUAACAACAUAAAGAAAAAAUGCAUAUCUCGAAAUUAGUCAUUUAGGAAUAAUUGGAAUUGCAGAAGCUGGAUUGCCUCCAAAAAAAUAAAAUUGUUAUUUCACUGAUUAUGAUGACAUUGAAGCAUUCUUCUAAAUGUUUUAAAAAGUAAAACCUUUGUAGAAAUAUGAUGGUUUUAUGUAAUUUAAAGAGACUCCUUAUUUUAAAAUGGAAGAUGGAGAAGCAUAUGAAUUUCUAAAUUAAGAAUUAUCAAAACUUGAUUAAAUUCCAAAUGAACCUAUAUAUUUGGCUUCAAAAUCAUUAUUUGAAUGUGCUUUGAUAGAUUGGUAUUGUAAGAAAACAAAUAAAUAAAUAAGUGAAUUGAUAUGCAAAGAAAGUAAUGAGAAUUUAAAGAUGGCAAAUAAAAGAAACUUUUAUACAAUUUCAUUAUUAGAUAAUAUAGAUGAGGUGAUUUCAUAAUUAGAUAUUGGUCUUCCAUAUACGCCUAAUAUAAAAAUAAAGGUCGGUGGAGACCUUGAAUACAUCAUAAAUGUAUUAAAAAGGGUUUAUAAUAAAGUAAUAAAAGAUAAUAAUAAAUAUUGUGGAUUAUUAUCAUUAGAUUGCAAUAGUAGUUGGUAACCAGAUAUAGCUCUAAAAUUUUUAGAUUUAUUAAAUACAGAAUUGAUAGAAAUAAAACCAUAUUUAUAUAUGAUUGAGCAACCAUUUCCAUUAAUAUUUGAUAAAUAGCCUUGGUAUUUAGUAAAAUAAAAAUAUUUGGAAUAAAAGAUAGAGAUAUAUGCAGAUGAAUCUAUAAAGACAUAUUAGGAUGUGAUAGAACUUUAAAAUGUUGUGACUGGUAUAAACGUAAAAUUAGAGAAAUCAUCAGGAUAUCGAGGUGCUGUAAUUAAUUUCAUUAAAGCUGAUGAAUUAAUGUUAAAGAAAUGGGUUGGUAUUAUGAUUGGAUCUUCAUUAAUUGGAAAUUAAGCAAUAAAUUUAUUAGGAUUAGCUACAAUAGGUGGAGAUAUUGAUGGAACAUUAUUAGUGGAGAAAUCAUGUCAUAAAGUAGAAGAGUAAUUUAUUUGGCAUGAUGUAAAUAGUGAAUUUUGGGGUAGGAUUUCAUUAAAAUGAAUAUAAAUAUUGUUAUAAAUGGAUUUUGAGUAGCC